GCUGUGGAUGGUCUGACAGGCUUCUGCACUAACAAUCCAGUCGCGUGUGCUCGCUGGGAAACAUCCAUAAAUUGAGUUUGGUUUGGAAAGGUGGGGAGGAGGGUCAAUGCCGAGAGCCAUUUAUAGACAAAACGAGCAGGGAGAGAGAAAGAGCAUACAAAACUUGACAUAUCCUUUUCAGUGUCUACAAACGUGCAAGUACAGCCUGGAGUGCACGAACAGAAAAACGCUAAAUUAUAGCACCACUGACGCUUUGGAAGAGAAAGUAACAUUGAAGAAAACCAGACACAUGCUAUUGCUAUAAAUAACAGUACAUAAGACAGUGUGCAAUGGCUCCAUCACUCUCGCAGGCCUACAGGAGGCGCUGGUGGAUGGCCAUCACGUCUAUCAUAGAAAACCUGCUCUUUUCUGCUGUAUUGUUGGGAUGGGGCUCCCUUCUUAUCAUGUUAAAGAAUGAGGGCUUCUACUCACACUUGUGUACAGAGAAUGUCACAGAGGCUCACACUAAUGUGAGUUCAACGGAACAGACUGUUUGGCCGAGCUGUGUUGAGCAGGAGGAGAUUCUGAAUCUGGGCUUUACGAUUGGCUCGUUUAUCAUCAGCGCCGCCACUCUACCACUAGGCAUCCUGAUGGACAAGUUCGGACCACGUCCAAUCAGAUUAUUUGGCAGUUCAUGUUUUGCAUUUUCCAUGGCUUUGAUUGCAGUAGCAUCUUAUGAUCCAAAAGUGUUAUCAGCUCUCAUAUUUAUUGCUGUUUCCAUGAAUGGGUUCGGAGGAAUCUGUCUAACAUUCACUUCACUAACAUUGCCAAAUAUGUUUGGAAAUGUGCGGUCUACGAUUCUAUCACUCAUGAUUGGCUCCUACGCCUCCUCUGCUGUCACCUUUCCAGGAGUCAAGCUGAUCUAUGAUGUGGGCGUCUCAUUUUCUGUGAUCUUCUGGCUAUGGGCAGGGUUCGCCUUCCUCGUCUUCCUCAACUGCUUUAUUAAUUGGCCGGCAGAAUCUUUUCCUGGCCCUGAAGACAUCAGAUACACUGCAAUGGUGAAGCUGAGAGGUGAAGUAGAGGACCAAAAGAUGACUGAAGAAAGUUAUUUCACUCAGGAAACUCUUAAAGUGCAAGAGGUGACCAAAAAACACCCUUCCACUGAUGAAACACCCAGUGAUGGAACAAUUGCACAGAGCCAGGGGACAACAGGUUCCCCUCCCUUUUAUCGUUCUGUGUGCUCACCUAUUUUCCUGUGGAGCAUCAUCACAAUGGCGAUGACCCAGCUCCGUCUCAUAUUUUUCAUGGGUGCCAUGAAUAAGAUGUUGGAGUUCCUGGUUACCCAUGGUGACCCUAAUGCCUCGGAGGAGUUGGUGAAGGAGGCAGAGGAGAAUGUGAGUCUCUACUCGUCCAUCUUUGGCACUCUUCAACUGCUCUGCCUGGUCUCCUGUCCUCUGAUUGGCUACAUCAUGGACUGGAGAAUGAAGGAGUGUGAGGAUGUGGUGAAUUCAGCAGAGGGAGAAAAAAGUCACUCUGGGCCUCCAAAGAGAGACAGAAAGAUCCAGAAACUUACCAACGCCAUCAGAGCUUUCAUUCUAACUAACACUCUGCUAGUCAUCUUCGGCAUCAUCUCUCUAAUAGACAAUCUACCCAUACAGGUGGUGUCUUUUGUUCUUCACACUGCAGUUCGAGGUUUUAUUCAUUCCUGCUGUGGUGGGCUCUAUGCUGCUGUCUACCCAACCAAUCACUUUGGCACUCUGACGGGUUUGCAGUCCAUGAUCAGUGCUGUGUUUGCCCUUCUUCAACAACCACUCUUCAUGUUGAUGGUGGGACCACUGAAGGGUGAUCCUUACUGGAUCAACUUGGGCCUGCUUGUGUUCUCACUGGUUGGAUUCCUGCUGCCAGGAUAUCUCUUCUACCACCGGAGACACAUUACAAAGGAGAAGACAGCGCGUGAUAGUCUGUCAAUAAGCCAGUCAGUGCAGGAGAGCAACAGCCUAACCCAAACAAACGAUUCGGCAAAAUAUCAAUUAAAUGGGAAUGUCUGAGGUGGAAAACAUUUCGGAUUAAAAUGUGUGUGAAUCAAAGGCCUGAUUUUUUUAAAUUAUACUAUCAUGGCACUUCAGAAACUGAAUUACUGGCCUGCAUGUUCAGCCACUGUAGGGACUUGACAAGUACAAAACAGUGUUAAAAACAAACAAAUGUGCAAUUAAAGCAUCAGCUAAGGCUUUAACUGUGUGACUGGGCAGGAUGUAUUUUAAAGGCUUUUAUUAUCAAACAGAAAAAUGUUUUACCAUGGCCUAUAGUAUAAAUUUUGCAGUUUGACGCUUUGAAAUGUCCAUUAAAAUGGUAGGGGGGUUAAAUAUCAUCAAAAGUUUCCAUGAGCACCUUCUGCCUCAUCACUUUUGUCAGUAUGAAAUCAAAAUUCACUCAAUUUACUUUCUUAAAAAGAUAGUUCACCCCAAAAUGAAACUUGCCCCAUGAUUUAUUCACCCUCAAGCCAUCCUAGGUGUGUAUGACUGUCUUCUUUCAGACAAAUACAAUCAGAGUUAUAUUAAAAAAUGUCCUGGUUUUUCCAAGCUUUAUAAUGGCAGUGAAUGGCUGUUGAGAUUUUGAAGUCCGAUAAAGUGCAUCCAUCCAUCAUAACAAGUACUCCACACAGCUCCAGGGUGUUAAUAAACACCUUCUGAAGUGAAUUUAUGUGUUUGUAUAAGAAAAAUGAAGAGAGAUGAGAGCAAAAAAAAAAACAGGUCACAGAUUAAAAGUACAAGUCCUUCGUUGUAAACAAAACUCAAAAUUCACUGCCAUUAUAAAGCUAGGAUAUUUUUUAAUGUAACUCCUUUUGUAUUCAUCUGAAAGAAGAAAGUCAUAUUCACUUAGAAUGGCUUGAGGGUGAGUAAAUCAUUGGGUAAUUUUCAUUUUUGGGUGAACUAUCCCUUUAAUGCAUUCGCAGUGUUAUUGUGCACAAUUUAUCAGUGCACUUUAUACCAAAGACAAAUAUUUUGUUCAUAAUCUUUCAUUAUCUUUUUGUAUCUCGAACAAAAAGCCUCUUUGAAAAUCUGCGCUAGAAGUUUUAGGAGUGUAGCUCACAAUUGACUGUAAACUUAAAUUCUACCAUGUUAUGAACUUUAUGUAUGUAUGUGCAGGACACAGACAUAUUCAAAUUCACGAGUAUGAAUAGUCUCACAUUUUUAAAUAAUGCUCGCCAUUUAGCAGAAUGUAAAAUAUUUCUGUAACAUCUCCCUUCGAGACUCAGGUAAAUGAGGCAGGGCUUCAUGUAAUGCUCACUUUACCUUGACAUGGAUCAUGUUAAAUUUAUUCCUUUGGUUUUAAGUAAACUUUUUUUUUUCUGAUGGAAAUACAGCUUUACAUGAUGAAUGGUAAAUACAGAUAAUUUGUUUUACUGCAGAGGCCAGUUUUGCACUAUAUACUUUGUUUCAAAAGUAUUGUUACAGAACUGUAAUCAUGUUAUCAAUGAUUCUACUGAUUUUUCAACAUGAUGGUGCUUGUACUGUGCUAAUAUCUGUAAAUAUAUCUGUAAAGAAAUCAAAUAAAUACAAAGAUUUUCUCACAAA